UUUCAACCUAUCGGCUAUUUUUCGAUGGACGCGAGCAUCAAGCGCGCCCUCUCGACACGCGGGUCCAAGGUUGAGCUCGAGUUGCUCCAUGACUUGAACCGCCGGCUCGUGUCGGCCCCGACGCUGACCCACGUCGCGGCCAACGCGGUUGCCGUCUUUUCAUCAACGAGUCUUGUCGUCGUCGAGGGCGGGUCGUCGUGCUUUUACUCGGUGCACUUGACGUUCCAGCGACCGCCGACGCAGCCGGUCGUGCUCACGCCGUGGAACGCGUCGCCCCGCAUCAAAGUGUACCCGUCCGUGCUCCUCUUCACGCCCGAGACGGCACACAAGCCCCAGUUUUUCGCGUGACGGCCAUGGAGAACUGUGACCCGAACAUUCUCACCGAGUCGAUUCAGCACGUCACCAAUAGCGUCGAUGCUGGCUUUUCAGGUACCCGCGUCCGGUACGAGCCUCGAACGGUCUCGGUUCGCAUCGUGCGCAACGACGGCAAGCACAUCUUUAGCACGGGCGACGCAACGUACGGCGCGCUCGGCCACGGCUCGUUCGACUCGUCGUUUGCGUUUACGGAAAUCCCGGUCUCGAAUUUCGAUGUGCGGUCGACGGCCGACGAGCCAAGCGCGCGUCGCAGCGUCUUGCUGACAAAAGUCGCCUCGGGCCAUCAGCACACGCUCGUGCUCGACGCCAACGACCGUCUCUUCGUCUUUGGCAACUCGAACCAAGGCCAGCUCGGAAUUGCCGGCCUCAAAUGCAGCACGAAGCCGCGAGUGUGGGACGGACGUGACGUGGAUGGGGGCAUGCACAUGCAUAUUAUGGAUUCUGCGUGUGGCGGCGACCACUCGAUGGUUGUUACGGACGACGACGACGUGCUCACAUGGGGCAGCAAUGAGCAUGGGCAGCUUGGUUCCGCCCUCGACGAAUCUGGGUCCGGGAUGUUUCUAGACACGCCGCGCGUACUUCGACUACCGUCGCGGAGCAAGAUUGUGCAGGUUGCUUGUGGGCUCAAGCACUGCGCCUUGCUCUUGGACGAAGGAACGGUCUUGACGUGGGGGUACGGCAAGUCGGGGGCCUUGGGGCACGGGACGACGGACGCUCCGCGACGAGAGGACGAAGCCUCGCCAAGGCCGGUGCAGUCGCUGUCCAAAACCCACAUUUUUCACAUUGCAUGUGGCGAGAUGCACACGGCCGUCAUCUCGAGCGCGGGCGAUCUCUACACGGCCGGUUGGGGCGAGAACGGCCGGCUUGGGCGCCUCGAAGCCAAAGACGCCCUCAGCUCCACCUUUGAACGCGUGGAGCUCAAGCAGCGCAAGUGCACAUACGUUGCGUGUGGUGGGGCACACACGAUGCUGCUCACCGACACGCGCGACGUCUUGGCGUUUGGCGCCAACCACUAUGGUCAGCUGGGUCUCGGAGACUGCCGCGACCGCCACCGGCCGUCGCCCGUCGUUUUCUUUCGCGCUGUGCUCGUGUACGACAUCAAGCUCGGGCAAACCCACUCGUUGGCCAUCUCGGACAAGCACUUGCUCUAUGCAUGGGGCAAUGGCGAGCAAGGGCAGUGCGGCGUCGGGAGCUACCCGCAGCUGUACACGCUGCCCCACCUCGUACGUUCUCUUGUCGGGUGCAACGUCGUGCAGGUGUCGGCGGGAGCGGCGUUCACUGUUGUCUUGACGAGUGUGACGCCCGCCGACGUGGCCGAGCGGCACCAAACGGACCGCGCGCUUGCACAAGAAGCCGACGACAUUGUCACCGACGACGUGCUCCACCGCGAAGCCGUGCGUGACGAACUCCGCUUGCAGCACCAGCGCCGGGUAGCCCAGCGCCACGCCGCCGCCACGACGCCGCUGGCGACCCUCUGGCAACAGCUCGACGCGGCCUCCAAGGCGCACUUGGAACCCGUCAAGCCGGCCAUUGGUGCCAGCGCGUCCUCGGCAUCCGCCGUGCUGCAGUCCAAAAGUCUCCGGCGCGCGCUGCAGAGCGCCGUCGCCACACAGCGCCCCCGAAGCUCGCUGGGAUGCUGCGUCGGCCGGCCCCGCAGCUCGGCCGCUGUGGCAACUCGGUCGCCGUCCAAACGACCACCGUCGCCUCGACCCAAGACAGCGUGGUUCCUUGCGCAGCUGGCUCGCCGCCCGCAGACCCCGCCGCCGUCCUACGCGGACGCGGUACAAAGAGACUCGCAAUAAUGUCGUACAGAAAAAAAGUGG